GGAAGGAACUGCGGGUGUGUGUAUGUGUGUGUGUGCAUGUGAGUGCGCGCGCCAGUGCGUGGACAAGGAGGUGUUGGCAGCCGAGUUAGAAUCCCAACUCCUUGCACUCCAUUUGCUAUUCUCUUCUUUCUCCCCCACACCUAUCUGGUGGUGGUGGGCGUUUAUAUUUGCGUUUCUUUUCAUUCAUUUCCAAAUCUUUUACAUUUUGAGGGUUGGGGGUAGUGGGAAAGGCACGAGAGGGUAGCGGAGGAGAGCAGUAGCAGAAGAGCAGGAGGAGGACAUGGAGAUGAAGAAGAGGAUUAACCUGGAGUUAAGGAGCAGAGCCCCGGAGGAGGUGACAGAGUUAAUCCUUGAUAAUUGUCCUUGUGUCAAUGGGGAAAUUGAGGGCCUGAAUGAUACUUUUAAAAAACUAGAGUUUCUGAGUAUGAUUAAUGUGGAACUAAGUUCACUGGCCCGGCUUCCCAACUUAAAUAAACUUCGAAAGUUGGAACUUAGUAACAAUAGAAUUUCUGGAGGGUUGGAAGUCCUGGCAGAGAAAUGUCCUAAUCUUACCCAUCUCAAUCUGAGUGGAAACAAAAUCAAAGAUCUCAGUGCACUAGAAGCUCUGCAAAAUCUUAAAAAUUUGAAAAGUCUUGACUUGUUUAACUGUGAAAUCACAACCCUAGAAGAUUAUAGAGAGAGUAUUUUUGAACUGCUGCAGCAAAUCACCUACUUAGAUGGAUUUGAUCAGGAGGAUAACGAAGCACCAGACUGGGGAGCGGAGGAUGAUGAGGAUGGAGAUGAAGAUGAUGAAGAGGAAGAUGAGGCCGGUCCGCCUGAAGGGUAUGAGGAUGAGGAGGAGGACGAGGAGGACGAGGAGGAGGAUGAAGAUGAAGCCGGCUCAGAGCUGGGAGAGGGAGAAGAGGAAGUGGGCCUCUCCUACCUAAUGAGAGAGGAGAUUCAGGAUGAGGAAGAUGAUGAUGACUAUGUUGAAGAAGGGGAAGAAGAAGAGGAAGAAGAAGAAGAGGAAGAAGAAGGUCUUCGAGGGGAAAAGCGGAAACGAGAUGCUGAAGAUGAUGGAGAGGAAGAAGAUGACUAGAUCAUUCUAAGAACCAGAUCCCCUAAACUCCUGGGUGUGCAAUAGAGUGGUCACAUCUUGCUUCUUCAUGUAUAAUAGCUAUCCCUGCAGAAGAUAACAUGUAACUUUUUGUAGGAAAAGUGUGGUUUUACUAUUUUUGCCUUAUCAUUCCAAAUAAGAUUGACUAGUCUGUUAAUGAUCAUGUUGUAUGUAGAGAAAAGUUUUCAUUGACCUCCAUUGUGAAAUUCUCUAGUGGUUUGUUUAGAAUCUUACUUUUUCUAAUACAAGUUUACUGUAUUAGUCAUUUUUAGUCCAUAAUUAAAACAUGAUGGCUUUUGCACAGGCAUAGUAUGGUGCACUUCAUUCAUAAGGUUUUAAAGUUAUUUAUAAUUAACUGAAAUCACAGUCAGCUGGAAUAUGGAAUAAAAAUAGUCUCUUGAAUGAUAAGUUGGUUAUUUUUUUUUAGAGGUGACCCAGAGAUCUUUAGUUUGAAGGCAGUGACUUUUUUUUGGCUAAGGGUUUUUGGGUACUUAUUUGUCACAUGAGUUACUUGGAAAGUAGAAGCUGAAUAGUAAAGGUUCUAUUCAACAAUAUAGUUCAUGGCUUUUGGGGAGGUUUUUGAAACAUUUUAAGCCAGGUGACUAAUAAGAUUUUAUUUUUGAAGGAAAAAUGCUUAUAGUAAGUUCAGAGACAUGCAGGGAAGCCCUUUGUUCUCAAGCUGAAUGAAGAUCAUGACAUGCUAACGGUUGUUUAUUUUGUUGUUUUUAACUGUGCAUUUUUCAUUUUCAGUUCCUUUAUGAUCAUCUUUCUUGUUUCACUCUCCUUCCUCUUCUCAAAAAAAAAGUUGGGAAACUUAUGAAUACCCAGGAAAACCUUUAUUCUUAUACCUCAAAUACCUUUUCAGACCUGUCUCAGUUUUAAAAAAAGCUAAGUGAAACAAACUGAGUAUUUUCUGAGAUACGAAUAUCAUCAAUGCAGUUUUAUGCAACAGACUGCUUACUGGAAUCUUUCUUGGUUGACAAGAUAUACAGACUGUAGAAGGAUGAAGAAAGAAAAGAAGCAGAUGAGCUUUUGGAAGCAGCAACAGUGUUCCUCAAAAGUCAGAAUAAUUGCCUGUUGAUAAUUAAUGAGACAUUCAAGUCAAAAUUUUAAGUUAGCUUCCCGAAUGACUUAGCUACCACUCUGCAAGCAUUUCUAACUUUUCUGAAUAGAACCUUUAAUUAUUCUUUCUCUAGUUUUAAAGCAUUACCAGAUAUAGCAUUUGAUUGGAAUAUAUUAGGCAAUGGGAAAAAUAUUUGAAACUAAAUCCGUAUUAAAAUUAAGAUUUGUUUUCAAGUAGAUGUCCAUUAAAAAUAUUUGGGAAAAGUGUGAGUGUGUGUUUUCUUAUAUUAGUACUAAUUAUGAGUAGACAAGUUCAUCUCCCUUUUUGUUGUGGAGGCUCCAUGUUCAAGGCAAUUGCUUUUUAAAUCUUGACUCUCUAAAUUUCCCCCCCUUUGUUUUGAAUAUUUGUAAAUUUUUAUAAGUUAGUGUCAGCAAAUUAAGUUACACUUCCAUACAUUUAAAUUACUGAGUAUAGUUCUGCUUCUUUUUUAGUUUAAAAAUGUAUGACUUGGGGUUUUAAAGUAAAAAUUAGAAAGUUAUUUGUGGAUAAACUAAAAAAGUUGCACAACUGACUGAAAUAAAACUCUUGGGAUAAGUUUAGUGAGGGGAUUCGAAUAUCCAAAUAGCUAACACUUUAGUCCUUUUAAAUAAUUGAAAUGCCCUGUUUUAGUCCAUAAGAAUUCUUAUCACAUUGUUUGCCAGAUUAUAAAAUACUUAUUUUUAAAAUUAAAUCUAUAUAUUGACUUUCUUAUCAAUCAUCUUAUUGUGCAAUCAAAAUUAAGAGUUCUCUGGUCGGAAAAGAACACUUAAGAGCCUCCAAAUAACUUUUUAAGACUUAUUUAGCUUUGUGGGUAAUAUUUUCAUGCAAAUAAGUCAGGGUGGGUUUUAUAUUUUGUAGAAGUUUUGGGUCCUAUUUUAAUGCUUUGUAUGGCAGUAUGUAUAUAGUGUGUUAAAUUCCUCAAAACUCUCCUUAAAAAUCUUUGAAGUUAAUACUUUUGUGCAACUGUGUUUUGAAUAAAGCCAUGACAGUGUUAAAACAAACAAAAAAUGCAGUACUCCUGAUUAUUCUUUUAUUGUUUCUGACUGUUCCUUGUUUUUUCUGAGACUGCUGUAACUUAAAGUUUUUGAAACCGAAUUGCUUCAAAUAAAUUGAAGAUUUGUUAAUGAUUA